AUGAACGACCUAAAUUACAACGCGGGAAUGAGUUCCUACCAAUUUGUGAAUUCCCUUGCAUCGUGCUAUGGGAACCAAGGCCCAGGGCGUACAGGGACACCAGUAGAACAAGCCGGCCAUCCAGGUCUUCCAACACCUGGUGCAGAUUAUUACAAUCCAAACCCAGCUGCAUCGUACCCAAAUGCGUGUUAUUCACCGCCGCAAGUUGGCCAUCACUAUCCACAGCAUCCGUACGCAACGCCAGCAGCAGGCGCACAUAUGCAGCCUCAAGCUAUGAUAGAUUACACUCAGUUACAUCCCCAAAGACUGGGAAGUACGGCUAGUCACAUGCACACACAUUCAAAUUCCAGUCCCGGUGCUUUGUCACCGAAUCUUAUGUCUACACCGCCUAGCCAAGCGACAAGCGGUAGCUGUAAAUUUGCCGAUUCAACCUCUACUACCGGAGUAGCAUCACCACAAGACCUUUCUACAUCUUCAGGACCGGGAAGAACCUCUCCUGGCUUUGGGGUUGGUCAAAAUUCUGGAACAACAAGUACAAAACUUGGGUUGACUACUCCUAUCGCUUCUCCAGUAGAACAUAAAGCGAAUAUAAAUCAAAAUAUUUCAAGCCCAGCAUCAAGUACAUCUAGCAAUGAAAGCAACGACGCAAAUAACUCUAGUUCGAGUAAUACUAAGAACACGAAAGCUGCAGCCAACGCACAAGCAAAUCCUCCACAAAUUUAUCCGUGGAUGAAACGAGUCCACCUAGGUCAAAGUACAGUGAAUGCAAACGGAGAAACGAAACGUCAGAGGACGUCCUACACUAGAUAUCAAACAUUGGAGCUCGAGAAGGAGUUCCACUUCAACCGGUACCUGACGCGGAGGAGACGAAUCGAGAUCGCACACGCGCUCUGUCUCACCGAGCGCCAGAUCAAGAUUUGGUUCCAGAACCGACGCAUGAAGUGGAAGAAAGAACAUAAGAUGGCUUCUAUGAACAUAGUUCCAUAUCAUAUGAAUCCGUAUGGCCAUCCCUACCAAUUUGACCUUCACCCAAGCCAAUUCGCUCACCUGUCAGCA